AUGGACGACAAGGCUAAUCGUCGUUUCUGGGAAAGUUAUUUUUACGUGCGGACCGAGCACCUUGUGGCGGACUCUGCAAGGUUUCCUGAGUCGUGGAACUUCGCCCCCGAGAAACUGCCUCCCCCACCAGUUGACAACAUCCGUGAGUGGGUAAAUUCCAUUCUUCCCCAUACAGUGAGGGUCUGUGAGUGGGCGUCCUUCUACGAGAGAUACGGGCGGAGGGUGCGAAGGGCGAGGGCUCCUCCGCUCGCGUUUCGUCAACCGACGCCUCCUACCCAGCCCGUACCGAGGUCUACUGCCCGGCCUACAUCGAGAGCUACUCAAUCUGCACCUGCGGCCGGGGCCAGAGGGCCAUCGAAGAGACAACGAGUGGAGUCUGAAGUGGCUCCUUCAAUCGAAGCAUCUUCGGGGGUCGACCCUCCCUUGGCGGUGUCUGAAAUUAGCAGUGGUGCUAACCCGAUCAUAGAGGCAAACCCGGUGGCAGAGGUGAACCCGGUGGAAGAGGCUUCGACCAUUGUGAACUAUCAACAAGCUAUUACGAUAGACAGACGGGGUCCCAAGGAUGCUGUUGCCGUUUUGGUCUUACAUGCUGGAGAUCGAGAGUGCCCGCAGGGCCGAGACUCGGGCCAAAAUAUUUCUGAUGAUGUUGGAAAAGUAUCGGUGCUACGCGACAAAUGCCAUGAGAUGCAUGAGCGGCUCAGGGCGAGCACUGGCAAUCAAUCUCUCGGGGAAGAGCUGGAGAAAAGGGAUCAGGAGUUGAUGCAGUCUAUCCGCAGGAGCAGUGAGCUCGAGGAGCUACUUCGUGCAAAGGACGAAGAACUUGAGUUGGGAAAGGGGGUUUCUAUAGAGUGGAAUUUAGCCGAGCUUGAGAGAAAAGUGUCCGAGUUGGAGAAUACCGAGAAUGCUCGGGCGUCGGCUUCAACAAGGCAGGCGGCGUUGGAGGACACUAUCCGUGUCCUUCAAUCAGAGCAGAAAUCCGAGAAGGCAACGACCAUGCUAAGGGAGGCUAGGCUCGAAGAGCGCAUAGGCGAAAUUGACCAAGAAGCUUCAAACUUGGGAGAUUGGGUCGCUAUACUCGAGGUUGAAAAGGCGCAAUUGUUGGCCCAAGUUGAAUCUGCCUCUGCCGCUAUUCGUCGACACUUGCAUGAACUUUGGGUUCAUGCCGAGGCCCAACGAGGCAUAUAUAAGAGAGCCCGGGCGAAGGCACGAGAGGCUCGUGUCAAAUUCGGCUACGACAUUGCGACACCAGAGGCCGACGAGGAUGCUGAUGCUGAGGAGGAGUUUCUUGAAGACAAUGAUGCGGGGAACGACGGUGAUGAUGCCGAGUGA